GCGCGGGGAGCCCCACGCUCCCCCUGAGCGCGGCGGCGGAGUUCGAGCCGGCGGCGGCGGCCGGGGUGCGAUGCCGUGUUAGCCGGCGGCCCGCCCCGAGGUAGCGCCGGCGGGAAGGAGCGCGAGUUGCCGGGGCUGUGGCUGACACCAUGGGCACCGGGCGGGGGGGCGAGGCGGCCGGGCUCCCUGCGCUCCUCGGCUGAGCCCGGGGAUGUGCCGGCGCCCGGAGGAAUUAUUUUGGAACUAGCACGGAGCGGUGGGAGGAGGACGAGCGGCACAGCGUUUCGCAGCUGCGAGGAGGUCGUCCGGCGGUGCUGUAUAGGCAAACAAAUAUCACUUGCUGUGUCAUAGCACAUGGAUUUCAGGACUGCCUGUGAAGAGACAAAGACAGGGGUUUGUUUGCUGCAGGAUGGUAACCAGGAACCUUUCAAAGUGCGACUGCACUUAGCCAAAGAUAUUUUGAUGAUCCAGGAGCAGGAUGUGAUCUGUGUGUCUGGUGAGCCUUUCUAUUCUGGUGAAAGAACAGUAACAAUAAGAAGACAGACUGUAGGAGGAUUUGGAUUAAGUAUAAAGGGUGGAGCAGAACAUAAUAUUCCAGUGGUCAUUUCUAAGAUUUCCAAAGAACAAAGAGCGGAACUUUCAGGUUUGCUCUUUAUAGGAGAUGCAAUUCUGCAGAUUAAUGGAAUUAAUGUGAGAAAAUGCAGGCAUGAAGAAGUGGUACAGGUCCUUCGCAAUGCAGGGGAAGAAGUGACCCUAACUGUGUCCUUUCUGAAAAGAGCACCUGCUUUUCUCAAACUGCCACUGAAUGAAGAUUGUGCAUGUGCCCCCAGUGACCAAAGCAGUGGCACAUCCUCUCCCCUGUGUGACAGUGGUUUGCAUCUCAACUACCACCCUAACAACACGGAUACGUUAUCAUGUUCCUCAUGGCCAGCAUCCCCAGGACUUAGGUGGGAGAAGAGGUGGUGUGAUCUUCGAUUAAUUCCACUUCUUCAUUCACGAUUUUCCCAGUACCUUCCAGGAUCAGAUUUGUGCAGGCAAAAUGCGUUCCAAGUAAUUGCUGUGGAUGGGGUUUGCAGUGGAAUAAUUCAGUGUCUCUCUGCUGAAGACUGUAUUGACUGGCUACAAGCAAUAGCAAGUAACAUUUCCAACCUCACAAAGCACAAUAUUAAAAAAAUCAACAGGAAUUUUCCCGUAAACCAGCAGAUAGUCUACAUGGGCUGGACGGAAGAACGGGAACAAGACUCCCUUCAGGACCGAAUGUACACACCAAAGUUUCUAGCACUGAGGGGAUCUUCCCUGUAUAAAUUUAUAGCACCUCCAGUCACAACCUGGGAUUGGACACGAGCUGAGAAAACAUUUUCAGUUUAUGAGAUAAUGUGCAAAAUUCUCAAGGACAGUGAUCUACUGGACCGUCGGAAACAUUGCUUCAGUGUCCAGUCUGAAUCUGGAGAAGAUCUUUACUUCUCUGUGGAACUAGAGUCUGACCUAACACUAUGGGAAAAAGCCUUCCAAACAGCAACUUUUUUAGAAGUUGAACGGAUACAGUGCAAGACGUAUGCCUGUGUUUUAGAGAGUCAUCUUAUGGGACUUACCAUCGACUUCAGCACGGGCUUUGUUUGUUUUGAUGCUGCCACAAAGGCUGUGCUUUGGAGGUACAAGUUUUCCCAGCUCAAAGGUUCUUCAGAUGAUGGGAAGAGCAAAAUCAAAUUUUUGUUCCAAAACCAAGAUACUAAACAAAUCGAAGCAAAGGAGCUGGAGUUUUCUAACCUGUUUGCAGUCCUUCACUGUAUCCACUCAUUCUUUGCAGCCAAAGUGGCUUGUUUGGACCCUUUGUAUGUAGGCAGCCAAGCCACAGCUUCUGCUGCUCCCACAACUUCUGGUACUGGCAAAUUAAAGUAUUCUACUUGACAUCCCCCAUGACAGCACUGCCACUUAACAAGGAGACAUAAAAAUGUAUAAAUAUUCAUAAGAUUUAGACCUUUGGUGAACCAUGUAUGUGGAAACCAAUCCUGGAGGCAAGACAUCUUGCAGCAUCAGCAGAUAAAUGGUCACGUGGGAUCAUAAUUUCAUCUCGGUUCUGCAAGACAUCAGUAAAUAAUCCUAGUCAAAACCCCAGAAUAGGAUGGAUAUGCUUUUAGUAUUAUCUAUUUGUACUUAGUGCUUUAAGCAACAGUGGAAGCAAAGGAAUAAAUGGCGAAAUGAAGCACUUGAGUAUUUAAUAAAAUUUUCAAAUUGCUGUAAUAAUACACAAAUAGAAUUGUCAUUUUCCUCUUUUCAGAUGUUUUUUAAUGACAAUGUGCUAAACUCUGAGUAUGAACAUAAUGCCCUAUCAUUAUAUUAUAAACGAGACCAAGCAUACAGUACAUGGCGACAAAGGAGAUAAGCAUGAAAAGACAUAUGUGUAAGUACCUCCUCAAAUAAGAAAGCACUUUAAGCACUGUUGUACAUCCACACUUGUUUUCAUACAUGGAAUCAUGCUGCUUUUUCCAUUUUGUUCUCUUCAUCUAACAGGAACAACAGCAAACAUAUAGCCAUACUGGUCUGAUACAUUAAAAACAAAACACAACAAAACAAGCCACAAAAAGAAAAAACACUUUCAUGGAUAAGUCCCUCUUCUUCAAGUAAAAAUAAUGGCAUAUGAAUUUAAUUUUAAUUAUAAAUUAGUGCAAGUACAAAACA